UCCUGCACCACUGCCGUUCCCGGAAAAUACGGCCAGGUGCCCAUAGCCGCCUGCAACUCAUCCUACAAUGCCAUCCCCGAAUUCAUUCCCGCAGUGAUAGUCUCUGCGCUAUUCGGCACACUUACUCUGAUUCACAUCAUUGAAGCAUUCAUUUUCAAAAAGGGAUACACAUGGGUCUUGAUCAUGGCCGCCACCUGGGAAACAACCGCCUUUGUCUUUCACGCCAUCGGUGCACACAACCAACAAACCGAAGCCUACGCCAUCGUAUGGCAGAUCCUCUUCCUGCUUGCCCCCCUCUGGAUCAACGCCUUUGUGUACAUGACCUUUGCGCGCAUGGUCCGCUUCUACAUGCCCAACAGAAAAGUAGCCUUUGUUAAAGCCUCUCAUGUCUCGAAGAUGUUCGUCUGGGCGGACAUCUUUUCGUUCAUUGUUCAGGCUGCGGGGGGUGUCAUGGUUACGCCUAGUGCUUCGGCGUCUACGCAGAGACUGGGGAUGCACAUCUACGAGGGGGGCAUUGGGUUGCAGGAGCUUUUUAUUCUUUGCUUUUUGGGACUGAUGAUUGCGUUCCAUGUUCGUGUGAGAAAACUGAACCGGAGUCGGCCUACCAAGGGCGCCUUGUGGUUGCUCUACGCUCUCUACGCGGUGCUAGCAUUCAUCACAAUGCGCAUCAUCUUCCGCCUCGUCGAAUUCACUGGCGGCGAUGACCCGUCGACUAACCCAGUGCCGUACCACGAAUACUACUUUUACGCCCUCGACGCUUUCCCGAUGCUGACUGCACUGCUGAUUCUGGCCAUGGUCCAUCCGGGGCGGUUCAUUACGGGGCCGAAUAGCAGCCUU